GUCGCUUUAUUCCGAAGCCCACCACCACCAGCAUCAUCAUCAGCAGCACCACCACCAGCACCACCACCAGCAUCAUCAUCAUCAGCAGCAGCACCACCACCGCAUCAUCAGCAGGGUUUUGUGCCGUCGCUUGCCGAGCCGCAGCAUCAUCGUGCUAUCGGGUUGCCGGGAGGAGGAGGAGGAGAGGGGGCCAUGUGGACAACAACUCAGCCGCUUCCUUGCCCAGACUCUUUCCGUGUCCACGCCUGUGCCCGCCUGCGCUAGGCAGCCUCCCUCCUCCCUCUCCUCGUCACAGGCGCACUUGGCAGGCGGCAGGCAGAGGAACACCCCGCAGAGAGAGAGAGAGGCUGCGUCUAGUAGCACAGGGAGAAGUAACUGUCGACACCGCGGCGCAGAGAUAUCGAUACGUAACGCAGACAGCGCGAGAGACGCGUGGAGAUACAUGAGAGACGUGGGGGGGGAGAGACACGAUACACAGAGACACGAUACAGAGACACGAUACAGAGAGACAGGUGGCUAGGGGGGGGGCGAGAGAGGGAGACGGCGGGACACGCGAAACGGCGCUUCUGGAAGCAGCAGGAGGAGGAGGAAGAGUUUGUGUUGACUCGAGAGGAGUUUGUUUGUGUUGACUCAAGAGUAGGCGACUUGGCUGGGGAGGGGGUACACGCGUGGUGCUGCUGCUGGUGCUGUGCACGCCGCACCGAGACGACUCGUGGGGCCAGCAGCAGCAGCUGUGGUGCCACUGCUGCUGCUGCUGCUGCAGUGGCUGUGUUGUGUCCGCUCGGCCGUCUCCACCACCACUCCCACCACUACCACCACCACACACACUCCCACCACCACCACUCCCACCACACACACACACUGCCUUGCUCUCUGCGCGGUCGUGACAUUUCCUCGCCUCCACUAGAGACGACCACCAGCCGCUACUGGCGGCUGUGACAGCAGCAGCAACAGCAACAAGAGCAGCAGCAACAACAACAGCAGCAACAACAACAGGAGCAACAACAGCAGCAGCAACAACAGCAACAACAAGAGCAGCAACAGCAACAACAACAGCAGAAGCAGCAACAACAAGAGCAGCAACAACAGCAACAACAAGAGCAGCAACAACAACAGCAGAAGCAGCAACAACAAGAGCAGCAACAACAGCAACAGCAACAACAAGAGCAGCAACAACAGCAACAACAAGAGCAGCAACAACAGCAACAGCAACAACAAGAGCAGCAACAACAGCAACAACAACAAUAGCAGCAACAGCAACAACAACAGCAACAACAACAACAGUAACAGCAGCAUCAGCAUCGUGUGAGCUGCUGCUACUGCUGCUGCUGCCGCCCGUGUGAGUGCUCACUGCGUGCGAGUGAGUGCUCACAGCGCCGACUCGCCAGCGACGUCGUGAACAUGUCGGGGGACAUGUUCCUCGCCAAGAAGGCGGCGGCGGCGUCGGCGUCGCCGUCGGCUGCGUCGAGUUUGCAGUUCCACAACGCGGAGAACGACGCGAGGAGCAGCCGCAGCAAGAGCACCGACUGGCAGGGUCUCUACUCCACCAUCCGGGAGAGGAACGCGGUGAUGUUCAACAGCGAGAUGAUGGCCGACGUGCACUUUGUGGUGGGGCCACCCGGAGCCACCAAGCGUAUCCCCGCACACAAGUACGUGCUGGCGGUGGGCAGCUCGGUGUUCUACGCCAUGUUCUACGGCGGCCUCGCCGAGAGCGGCCACGAGGUUCACAUCCCCGACGUGGAGCCGACGGCCUUCCUCGCGCUGCUCCGCUACCUCUACUGCGACGAGAUGGAGCUGGACGCCGACACGGCCCUCGCCACGCUGUACGCCGCCAAGAAGUACCUGGUGCCCGACCUCGCGCGGGCCUGCGUGGCCUUCCUCGAGACGGAGCUGAGCGCCGCCAACGCGUGCACGCUGCUGUCGCAGGGCCGCCUCUUCGGCGAGCCGGAGCUGACGCAGCACUGCUGGGAGGUGGUGGACGCGCAGGCCGAGCUGGCGCUGCGCUCCGAGGCGUUCCGCGAGCUCGACGAGGCCACGCUGGCCAGCGUGGUGGCGCGCGACACCCUCAACGCGACCGAGGCCACCGUCUUCGAGGCCGCCCUCGGCUGGGCCGAGGCCGAGUGCGCCCGCCGGGGCCUGGCGCCCACGCCCGCCGGGCGGCGCCGCGCGCUGGGCCGGACCCUGCACCUGCUGCGGGUGCCCGCAAUGGGCGUGGAGGAGUUCGCCGACGUGGUGGCGCAGUCGGGGCUGCUCACGCCCACCGAGGUGAACGCCGUCUUCCUGUGGCACACGGCGCGCUUCAAGCCCUCGCUGCCCUUCCCCACGGAGGGCCGGGCGGGCCUGCCGCCGCGCCGCUGCCACCGCUUCCAGAGCUGCGCCUACCGCAGCAACCAGUGGCGCUACCGGGGCCGCUGCGACUCGAUCCAGUUCGCGGUGGACCAGCGCGUCUUCCUGUCGGGCCUCGGGCUGUACGGCUCGAGCGGCAAGCGCGCCGAGUACGGCGUCGGCCUGGAGCUCAAGCGGCAGGGCGGCGGGCUGCUGGCGCAGCGCCAGACCACCUUCGCCUCCGACGGCUCCUCGUCCACCUUCCCCGUCUGGUUCGAGCACCCCGUGCGGAUCGAGCCCGACGCCUUCUACACGGCGAGCGUCGUGCUGGAGGGCAGCGAACUGAGCUACUUUGGGCAGGAGGGCCUCACGGAGGUGACGUGCGGGAACGUCACCUUCCAGUUCCAGUGCUCGUCGGACAGCACCAACGGCACCGGCGUGCAGGGCGGACAGAUCCCCGAGCUCAUCUUCUACUGCUGAGGCGCACCGCGGCGGCGGCGAGCGGAGGUCGUUAAGCGUCUCUGACGUCGGAGUCGAGGCGUUUUGUACUUCCCCCGGAUCCGAGGCGACGUUAGUCACACGACUGUAAUGAUGUACGGGAAUGUAGAAGUGAGCAAAAUGUCCUCGGAUGAUGAUGAUGAUAAUAAUCUAGUCGAGUGAAAAACCGCCAUGCUCAAAACGUGUGUUUAAAGUUAUAAUAGGCGUAUCGAGAGAAAAUGAAAUGGUUUUAUGAAAGAUUAUGGAGAUGAAGAAACUUGUCACGAAAUGACAAGAUCAUUCCUGUGCGUAAAUCACUGGGUAAACAGCGCGCGAUGAUAGAGUUAGCAAUUUACACUGGCCUCAUGCACGCGUCUGUGCCUCUGGAGAUGUCACGCCAUCGCUACUGGAAGAGAAUCCUUAUUUCAGCUGAAAAAUAAAUAAAACGCCCUGUUGGGCGAAGUAAACAAAAUUAUACAUAUAUAUUGUCUUGUGCUUACUGAGCACAUCGGAUUAGCAUUUCAGUCCUUGCAGUGGGUGCCGGGACACGUGGAAGUAUCACGGCGCAGCACUCCUGCGACCAGAGGAAAUUGUCGGCUUUGCCAAUUACCGAUUGUGACGAAUGCAUAAGUUCACUUUCACGAACGCGUUUAAAUGUUCUCAUAUAUUACACGGGCUGGAACAAUGUCUGUUUGCAUCAUAACGGAAUUCAUGAACUGCGUAGGAUAAGGUAAUUUAAAAAAUAAUAAUUCUCUAAGUUUGCAUGUUUUUUGCCUUCUUAGCAGUCUGCAGUAUACAUUACUAAUUAUGCCAUUGGUGCAUUGAUGACAACUUUGUAUUAAUUGGUAAAGUCAUCAUUACAUUUGAUUCGGUGUAUUGGCAGAAAUAUUCUGAUAUGAUUCCUCUUAAAAUAAUUUCAAUGAAGGUACUGUUGUUUUAUCAAUGCAGUUCAUCUAUUAAUAAACUCCUGAUGACAUUUGCUACGAAUCACAUUUUUUAUCUCUGUGCUUCAUAGUCAAACUGUACAAUCUAUAAGCUCCCAUGGACAAAUCUAGAACGAGAACAUUUGAUUUUCUCUUUUCUCUCCGUGUUUCCCCUUGUAGGAUUACGCGUGGUUGUGAUUUGAAUCGUUUUUUGUUCAGCCUCAGAAGUUUAUUGUGUCCCAAAUGAUGCUUAGAACUCAUAGCUGGGCACUGUCUUUGGUUGCUUUGUGUACGAGUCUAAAACAUUUCAUUUCGCUAUGCAAAAACAAAAUCCAAUUAAUCCAGACACACGCCUGCUAAGUAGGAAUGCCACUGGAACAUAACGUGUACCACAUUUACAGCCGCUGUUGUGUUCGUUCACUGUCUCUUGUUAGUGUGUUCGCUUACACGUGCAUACGCUUAUAUUUUUAUAUAACAUAUUUGUAUAUUGUGUAAACCUGUACAGACUUAUAGCACCUUAGCGAAUUUGCGCAAUGAUUUGGUUGUAUUUAUUGUAAUGUUUUUGUAUUAAUAUAUGGAGCUUAAUUUGCGUAUGUGUUAGGUUGGGAAUGCUGGUCGUCGUAUUUGUAUUUUAAAAGCUGAAAAAAUAAAAAGAUAGCCUAUGU